AAUAAGAAACCCAGAGUGGAUGCUGCCUUUUCACAGGUUUCUAGAAGGACAGAUCUGGCCUUUGAAGACAUGGGGGUCUUGAAAGAUGCGAUGGACAAAAGAGCAGAUGCUCUCCUUAAAAAAGCUUGGGACUCCGCAUCCGCCAGCCUUAAACCAGCCAUGGCUUCCACGGUGGUAGCAAGAAACCUGGAAUGCUGGGUAGAGAAACUGAAGGGCCACAUUGAAGCAGGCACCCAUAGGAAAGACCUUUUAGACUCCUUUCAUCUAAUCCUUAAUGCAAUUAAGUACAUGGCUGAUGCAUCAGCCGAAUCAAUUAAAAUGGCAGCCAGAUCCUCAGCACUUGUCAAUUCAGCUAGGCGUGCAGUCUGGCUAAAAACGUGGUCAGGGGAUACAGCCUCAAAGAUUAAACUUUGUGGCAUCCCUUUUUCAGGGGAUUUUCUUUUUGGGCCAGACCUGGAAACAGUCUUAGAUAGAACGGCUGAUAAAAAGAAGGCUUUCCCAGCCAAGAAGAAACAGACGUUUAAAAAGAAUUUUCGUGCUGUUCAACAACCCUACAAAAAUAGAGAAGAUGUCGACAAAAAACGUUGGAUUCCUCAAAAGGGUAGGGGAAGAGGUGGGGUUCUCUUCAGAUCUCCUCCAGAUCAAACCCCUAAAGACAAAUGACAAAACUACUCCAGUAGGGGGAAGAUUGUCAUCCUUUCUCCCUCAGUGGAGUCAAAUAUCCACAAGCCCUUUCGUAAAGAACAUCAUUUCACAAGGUUACAAACUGGAAUUCUCGGAGUGUCCGCCAAGCAGGUUUUACAUUACAGCCCUUCCAAGAGACCAGGAAAAGGCUUCGGCCAUGAUGAACCUUUUACAGGAUCUGAUUCAACAAGAAGUCAUUGUCCAGGUCCCGAAACAGCAGGAGGGUCGGGGGUUUUAUUCCCAUAUAUUUCUUGUAAAAAAACCUUCAGGCAAAUACCGGUUGAUUCUGAAUCUAAAGAUCCUGAACAGAUCAAUACGGUACAAACACUUCCGUAUGGACACAAUUUACUCCAUCACAAAACUGCUGUCUCCAGGCUGCUUCAUGGCAUCCCUGGACCUAAGGGAUGCCUAUUUGCAUGUGCCAAUAGCACCAGCUUCCCAAAAAUUCCUUCGCCUGGCCAUCAAUCUGGGAACAUCAGUAUGGCAUCUCCAAUUCAGGGCCCUACCAUUUGGCCUGUCAUCUUCCCCCAGAGUUUUCACAAAGAUUAUGGCGGAAGCCCUGGAGCCUCUAAAACUGAGAGGGAUCUCGGUCGUACCAUACCUGGACGACCUAUUAUUUUUCGCAGAUUCCAGGGAUCAGCUUGUGACGAACCUCCAAACGUCAGACUCAUCUCAAAAAUCUAGGUUGGAUUUUGAAUUUAGAAAAAUCGCAUCUAGAUCCCUCUCGGGAGAUGAGGUUUCUAGGCUACACCCUAAACUCAGUAGUGCAAAAAGUGUUCCUGCCUCAGGAAAAGAUAGACAAAAUCUUUUCAGCAGUGGGUCAGAUCCAGACGAACCUUUCAGUACCAGUCAGAACAGUUAUGUCAGUUCUGGGCCUUCUUACAGCUACAAUUCCAGCAGUCCAGUGGGCAAGACUGCACUCCAGACCACUCCAGAAAAACAUCUUGCAGGUCUGGUCACACCAGGUGCCGUUCGAAAAACGUUUCAAACUAUCUGCGAAAGUGAAACGAGCACUAUGGUGGUGGAGGGACCCUUCCAAUCUAACGAAAGGUCUCCCAUGGAUUUUUCCCCUGGACAAGCGUCUAACAACCGAUGCAAGCUCCUGGGGUUGGGGAGCCCAUCUGGAGGGUCAAACCGCUCAAGGCACGUGGUCAAAAAUAGAGGCAAAAAAAUUGUCAAAUUGGCGAGAAUUGAAAGCCAUUCAUUUGGGUCUGAUAGCUUUCCAACAGGAGGUCAAAGGACAUCAUGUACAGAUUCUGUCAGACAAUACGACAGCAGUGAUCUAUGUGUUAAAGCAAGGGGGAACCAGGAGCAAAGGGCUCAUGGACUUAGCCAAUCAACUUCUGUCAUGGGCGGAAAUAAACGUGGCCUCCCUAUCGGCAGUCCAUCUGAAGGGAUCACAAAAUCUCCUAGCAGAUCUGCUAAGCAGAAAAAGAGUGGUGGAAGCAGAAUGGAGUCUGAACCAGGAGGUGUUCGAUAUGAUAUCGGAGGAAUGGGGACAUCCUCAAGUGGACCUGUUUUCAAGUCAACAAAAUACGAAGGUCCAGGAAUUCUUUUCUAUUCACAGAAUGGAUCAGGCAGUGGGGAUAGACGCCCUAGCACACCCAUGGAAUUACCGGCUGUGUUACGCCUUUCCCCCUUUUCCACUAAUUCCUCUGGUCCUAAGGAAAUUCAGGGAGGAAAACACCAACUUGCUCCUGAUCGCUCCUUUUUGGCCAAAAAGGCCUUGGUUUGCAACACUUUUGAACCUGGCCUCAAAACCUCCCUGGAGAUUACCAUACAGGAAGGAUCUAUUGACACAGGGCUCUGUGUGCCAUCCGGAAGCAAGCAGGCUACAUCUAAGUGCUUGGUUUCUGAAGACCUUCUAAAAUCUAAAGGACUUUCUGAUAAAGUAGUUAAAACUCUACUAUCAAGUAGAAAAGAGGUAACUAGGUCCAUCUACCUCAAAGUAUGGAAGAAAUUUAACUCUUGGUGUUCUUCCAAAAAUUUCGAAAUCAAGAGUACUAUUUCAGUUCUGGAAUUUCUCCAUGAAGGAAUGGAGAAAGGUCUAGCCGCCAGCACCCUGAAAACACAGGUAGCGGCUCUCUGUUUAUCUUGAAAGAUCUUUAUCCAAAGAAACUUUAAUUUCUAGAUUUUUUUAGGGCUCUGGCUCGAAAUAGACCGAUAGCCCUCAAAGUUUUCCCUUGUUGGGACUUAUCUAUUGUUUUGCAAGGUCUCACGGGAGCUCCGUUUGAACCUUUACAGAGUGCAUCGUUAAAAAAUGUAGUUCUCAAAACAAUUUUUUUAGUUGCCAUUACAUCAGCAAGGAGAAUCAGUGAGCUCCAAGCUCUAGCAAUUAAGGAACCCUUCCUUAGAGUUUUGCCAGACCGGGUGGUCCUUCAAACGGAUCCAGCCUUCCUACCGAAAGUGGCCUCAACUUUCCAUCGGUCGCAAGAAAUAAUUCUACCAACAUUUUCCUCAGUUCCGGCUAAUGCAGGAGAAGAAGCUUUCCAUACACUGGAUGUAAGGAGAUGUCUGUUACAGUUCCUUUCCGUCACCAAGGAGUUCAGGAAAUCAAACGCUCUUUUUGUGGUAUUCUCCGGUUCCCGAAAAGGGGAAAAAGCUUCUAAGAGUACGCUCGGUAGAUGGCUUAGACAAGCAAUUUCUGAAGCAUAUCAAGCAAAAGGAGAAGUUCCUCCUUCUGGGAUCGCUGCUCACUCUACAAGGUCAACCGCAGUUUCCUGGGCUGAAAGGGCCGGUGCUACGCCUGAUCAGAUCUGUAAGGCUGCUACUUGGUCCAGUUUCUCAACUUUUAUUCGGCACUACAGGUUGGACUUGCUGUCGGCCGCAGAUCAAGCCUUCGGCAGGAAGGUACUGCAGGCAGUAGUCCCACCCUAGGGUAAGUUACUUGGUUAUCCUCUCCAAGGUUGUCCUGAAAGGCGAUUUGAGA